UUACCGGAGGCGCCGGUGGGUGCCACCGGGCAUGUCCUCUCCGGCGCAGCCCGCCGCUCCCGGCUCCUUCCAGAGCCCCCGGAGGCUCCCGAAGCGCAAGAGCCGCUUCAAGCGUUCGGACGGCAGCACCUCGUCCGACACCACCUCCAGCAUCCUCCGCAGGCAGGGCUCGGCGGACUCCUACACCAGCCGCCCGUCCCUUGACUCCGACGUGUCCCUGGACGAGGACCGUGAGGGUGCCCGGCGCGAGGUGGAGAGCCAAGCCCAGCAGCAGCUCGAGAGGGCCAAGCACAAGCCAGUCGCCUUCGCUGUGCGCACCAAUGUCAGCUACUGCGGGGCGCUGGACGAGGAGUGCCCGGUGCAGGGAGCCGCCAUCAACUUCGAAGCCAAAGAUUUCCUGCACAUCAAGGAGAAAUACAGCAAUGACUGGUGGAUCGGGCGCCUAGUGAAGGAGGGGGGGGACAUCGCCUUCAUCCCCAGCCCCCAGCGCCUGGAAGCCAUGAGGCUCAAGCAGGAGCAGAAAGCCAGGAGAGCUGGCAAUGCCUCGGGCCUCGGCGACAGCGGGAGCCGGCGAUCGCCUCCCCCCUCCUUAGCCAAACAGAAGCAGAAGCAGACGCAGCACAUCCCACCCUACGACGUGGUCCCCUCCAUGCGGCCCGUGGUGCUGGUGGGGCCCUCACUGAAAGGAUAUGAGGUCACCGACAUGAUGCAGAAAGCCCUCUUCGACUUCCUCAAGCACAGAUUCGAUGGCAGGAUCUCCAUCACCCACAUCACCGCUGACCUCUCCCUGGCCAAGCGCUCCAUCCUCAACAACCUGGGCAAGCAGGCGAUCCUGGAGCGCUCCACCGCCCGCUCCAGCAUCGCCGAGGUGCAGAGCGAGAUCGAGCGCAUCUUCGAGCUGGCCAAGUCCCUGCAGCUGGUGGUGCUGGACGCCGACACCAUCAACCACCCAGCCCAGCUGGCCAAGACUUCCCUGGCGCCCAUCAUCGUCUACGUCAAGGUGUCCUCGCCCAAGGUCCUGCAGCGGCUCAUCAAGUCCCGUGGCAAGUCCCAGGUGAAGCACCUCAACGUGCAGAUGAUGGCAGCCGACAAACUGGUGCAGUGUCCCCCGGAGCUCUUCGAUGUGAUCCUGGACGAGAACCAGCUGGAGGACGCCUGUGAGCACCUGGCCGAGUACCUGGAGGUUUACUGGCGCGCCACACACCACCCCCCGCACGCCCCCCACGCCGUGCCCUCGCCCACCGGCCUCCCGGGCCUGCAGAGCCAGCAGCUGCUGGGGGAGCGCGGGGAGCACUCGCCGCUGGAGCACGACAGCCUGAUGCCCUCGGACGAGGCCGGGGAGAGCUCCCCCCAGCCCUGGGGGGCUGCAUCGCAGCGCAGCUCCCGGCACCUGGGAGAAGAGGAGGAGGAGUAUGGGGACCCCUACCCCGACUUGUACCAACCCCACCGGCACCACAACAGCGGGCUGCAGGGCCCCGGCGCGUCCGAGCGCCAGCCCGAGCGCGGCCACGACAGGAACUGGCAGCGGAGCCGGCCCUGGGCCAAGGACAGUUAUUAG